CGAUGGGCCAAAACGUGAGCGCCGAUGCGACCGAUAUCAUUCAAUUCAGAAAAAUGGUCAAGUACACGUACUACAACAACCUUGACAAACUUCAAAAGGAAACGUUCGAUCAAGCCGUUGGCUUCCAAAUUUCUCGCGCGAGCUAUCUAGAACUAUGCAAUCGUACUGAAGGGCGAAUCGAUGCGAUAGCUGACUCGAGAACCAAGGCAGCAAAGCUCGACAAACACCUGAACGAAAAGAUGGAUUUCUUUGCAGCCGUCGAGGAAGGCAAGAUCGUGCUCGGCGAUACGCUGCUGCAUGUCGCCGUGCGUUUGGGCCACGUGGAGAUCAUUGGGUACUGGCUGGACAACGGAUUGAAAGAAAACGUGCCCAACUUUCGAGGGGAAUUCGCACAUCAAGUAUGCACCCACCCAGCCAUCCAAUUGCUCAUGGACGACGUCGUCUUGGUUCACGACGUGCUCGGGUUUGACUACGAAGACGAAGCCAAGGUGCAUCGCAUUGUGCGCAGCUUGAGGCGGAUGUGGCCUAUGUGGAUGUUUGACACCACUGAAACCGCACUGUUGGUCAAAGUCGUCGGCGACGUCCGCAGUUCCCAUCCAUUCCUAAACAAGUACCUCAAGAUCGCCAACACGUUGGCCGACCGGUACCGCAGUCGAGUGAUCCAUCUAUGUCUCCCCGUGGCCAUCGACUUGCUUCGAGAAAACGACACCAAGGCGUACGAUGCCAAGAAGGCGCUUCUAGCGUGGCCAACCACUGAAAAGUUGCACUUGAUGUGGGAUGUGCUCCAAGCGACGUUUCCCCAGUGGAAACACCAAAACGACGUGGAAAAGGACGUCGCGUACCUCCGGUUUGUGGAAGACGCCAUGUCUGCAUGCAUCGCCAUGGCGGACGACCUGCGGCUCUACCACCGCGACGCCGCGCCCGUGACGUCGGACGUGCUGCAGACGUUUGACCGCCAGAUUUGGAAAUCAAGACUCGCCCCUGACGCCGACGCCGUGGACGAUCUUUGCGCGCACAUCGACGGCGUCCAAGCGUUUGUACGCGCCACCAACCUCAAAGCGUAGCCGUGUUCGUACUUGAUGCCCAUGUUCAGUACCCCCCCGCCUCUCCUUGGCUGACAUAAGAAGGUUUUCAUUCCAUCUACGAUUCCUAAUACUAAUACAUUUUAGAUAGAGAAUCGCCAAAUCGAUCGAUCGAUUCUUUAUACUACUUCGAAGUAUAAAGUUUGUUUGUAAAAGGUUGCUUGGUUCCACACUAAUUGAAGU